UCCUCAUUUACACCCUCACCUUGAGCCAAAGGGUUCAAAAAGGAAUGGUUCACGAGCUUUCGUUUUCGUCUUUAAACAGCUUAUUGCGAAGUCUCUCGAAAGCCAGCACCACCUCUAUAUAAACAUUCAUUCUCAUUUUGUCAUUCAUCGUGUACGAAAUCAGAAAUAGGGAACACUGAAGAAAAAAGAUAAAGAAAAAGAUUCGAUUGGAGCUCCGGAGAAUAUUCAACCGCAGCGUACGCCGUAAAAUACUGCCUUUUCGAUCGGCGAGUCGUCCCUGCAGAUUGAAAGUUCGUUAUUCUAUAUAUGAACAAAGAACAAAUUCGUAAUGAAUUCAUAGUUUGAUUUAGUCUUUCUUUUUUAAUGGUAAUGUAUAAAAUAUUAAGCUUGCAUUGCUUAAAUUGAUCAUUUAGCUGUUCUUUUUCUUUUUGGUGUUUUGAUAAAAUGUGAUUUUGAAACUCAAAUUUUCAUGCAUAGUUAUGAGUUAGCCAAAAUUUUGGAUUUUUUUCUUUAAUUUGAAAAGAAGUUUUCAUAAUUUUGGUUGUCUCAGAAACUAUAAUCGGGAAAAUUUGAGGUUUCUACUUCGGAGUUUGUUUGUGUGCAAUCCUUUAUUUAUAAUUUGUGCUUUUGUUGAUUUUAUUUGGUGCGAUGAUAGUGUUGAUACUUGAUAAUUGUCUGAUCUUAUUAUGGUGUUUUCUAGCUAUUUAUGUGCUAUGUUGAAGUAUGCAACACAGGAACUUAUUAAUACCAUUGAAAGGAGUCCCGGAUGAAAUUUCAAUUGUAGUGAUAGCUUAUUAUUCCCUUUGCUGCAAUGCAACAAUAUACAUGGCUCUCUUAGGGAUUCAACCUGUAGUAGCGCUUCAAGCGGUUUGAAAGAGAGUGAAUUGGAUUGUCGACUUGAGCUAAACAAAGAGCUAGUGGGGACAUAGUUCUGGGUGACCCUUGUUUAUUAAAUUACUUACUUAUCUUGAUAUAUGAGUAGUUUUCUAGGUCAAGUUUGGCUUUGUUUAUAGGAUGCCGAGUAAGAUCCACAAGUAUAAUAGAACACUGGAGAAUGAGGAGGAAUUCACUACUAGUCAUUUCAGGGACAGAUGAUGUUUAGGGAUCUAUGCAAGAUGAAUUUUUCUUAAAUUUGUUUUUUCCAAACUAUACAUAUCAUGAGUUGCAGGUGUUCUGGAUGCUCAAGGUGGAUGGAGAGUGCCAGUAUAGACUUAGGAGCUCUUUACAUGCCAGUAUACUGCACAGAUAUGCUGUCCUAACUGUUUUGAGAGUGUUAACCAGGAAGUUCUUGUUUGUUUCUCGUAUAUAUGAACUGUAAAGUGCUACUGCUACUGCAAUGAGGCAACGGAUAUAGUAUAACACAUAGAACUUAGAACAGUGAUUGACCAACUCCUUUAAUGGCAUUCCUUCUGCAGUCUGAGCCUAGCGUUUUAUUUCUUUCCUUCAUUAGCCACUUCUCUCGUAUUCCCUAUAUCUAUGCGUCCUUUUCUUUCGAACUGCUUUGAAGAUUAUGUUGAUAGGGCUAGAUGGUGUUUAUUGACUCUUGCCAUCUGCCACAGAUAAAAAGCAGUCUGCAGGAAUUAAUACCUCCCUAAGUCUACAUUUUUUUUAACUCACAUUUUCUUUUCCUCAAAGUUUUCGAAGUCACGCUCCUUAGUAGGGAUGGAUAUGUACUCUACUAAUUGGGAAUUCAGUGGCAUCACGAAUCCCCUAGUAGUAAGAAACCCCUCUGAGGAUAACUGGAGUAUCAGCUGAGUUCGAAAUAAGCUUUAUCUGUCACAAAGGAUGUAUCUCAUGUUCUAACUUUACUUUUUUGUGGGGUAAGUUGAGUCUUCAGAGGAGACUUGGUUCAGAGCUGCCAACUAAGGUUGGGGCUCAAAUUGGUCAUGUCCAGAAUAAUUGGACUUUGUUCCGGGACUUCUUGAAGGAAUCAAGUGAUCAUCCAAUGCUCUACUUACUAUUCACAGUUCAACGCUUUGGAGUUCCUCAAUGCUGCCGUAUAAUUUUUAGUGGGAUUGUUGUAAAUCUACUUGUUUUGGUGAUUCUUCUUUUGGAGUAUUGCUGAUUUGGGCUUUGGAGCUGUUCAGCCUUAAUUGGAAUUUGUUGUUGCUGAUUUCAAUUGAUCUGCAGCAGUAUAGAAGAAAGCAACAAUCUGAUGGGGUGUUUGCCUGGCGUGAUCGGGUGACUAUGCUAAACUUCUGAAGUUAGAAAUCUUUUCUAAAAUCUGUUUCUAUUUGCAGGUGAUCUAGGUCUUUUGCCCACUUCUGGACAGUCCAUUUUCGAAGACGACGCAUUCAAUGGCAGAAGUAGACAAGAGUUUUGAGUCUCAACAGACGAUGCCUGCAAAAUUUCAAGAUGAGGCAUGCAGUAUCAAUGAACCAGAUUCAGUGGCUUCUCAGACUCGUCAGCCGAAUGAAGAGUGCACAGGUAGAACAGAAUCAACAGAUACAAAGACCUUGGAUGUGGAUAAAGGUUGUAUGGAGUAUGGAUGCCAGCAUUAUCUUCGAAGGUGCCGCAUUAGAGCACCUUGUUGUAAUGAGAUCUUUGAUUGCCGUCAUUGUCAUAACGAGGCAAAGAAUAACAUCACUGUUGACCAGAAGCUUAGACACGACAUGCCACGCCAUGAAGUCAGAUGGGUGAUAUGCUCACUUUGUGCCACAGAACAAGAGGUUCAACAGUUUUGUGUCAACUGCGGUGUGUGUAUGGGGAGGUACUUCUGCAAGACUUGCAAGCUGUUUGAUGAUGAUACAUCUAAGAAACAGUAUCAUUGUGAUGGUUGCGGGAUUUGCAGGAUUGGGGGGCGCGAAAAUUUCUUCCAUUGCUACAAAUGUGGCUGCUGCUACUCGAUUCUUCUAAAGAACAGCCAUCCAUGCGUGGAGGGGGCAAUGCACCAUGACUGCCCUGUCUGUUUUGAGUUUUUAUUUGAGUCGAGGUAUGAUGUGACAGUGUUGCCAUGCGGACACACAAUUCACAAGAACUGCUUGAAGGAGAUGAGAGAACAUUAUCAAUAUGCUUGUCCACUCUGCUCAAGAUCAGUAUGUGAUAUGUCCAAGGUAUGGGAGAAAUUUGAUGUGGAAAUUGCUGCUACGCCAAUGCCAGAAACUUAUCAGAAUAGAAUGGUCUGGAUCCUUUGCAAUGAUUGUGGCAAGACCUCACAAGUGCAAUAUCAUAUUGUAGCUCAGAAAUGCUUGAAUUGUAAGUCCUACAACACUCGUCAAACAAGAGUCUGAGGUGGCAGGCAGUAAAAGCUUUGAAAUGAAGAUGAAAGUUUCUUUUAAGGGAAUGACCUUUUCUCAACUACAUAACCUUGCUUGUAACCAUGGUUCUUAAUGCUGUGAAAUUAGGUUAAAUAUUCUCCCCUGUUUUUGUUGUAGUUAUUUGUUUUCUUAUUCUUUCUGCAACCUCGGUCAAGUAUCAUGUAAGAAAGCAUUAUGCCUCGAGAUGCCAUAUUAUUUGUUUUCUUGUUCUCUUUGUAACCUCGGUCAAGUAUCAUGUCCCGUGGUGCUAGUUGAACCCCUUGCCUCCCCACAAACUGCUAGAAGAUGUUACUUUCAGAAGUAGACUAUUUCAUCUGGGUUAGAAGAAUUCCGCAGUAAUUCCUUAUUGGUUGACGAAUGGGAAGGUGAUAAAGCAAAUAUGAUCAUUUCCUGCUGGUAUUUGCAAGUUCUUGCGGGGCAUUCAGUUAGGAUUCUGUCCUGUUUAACAAGGUUUUUGAAGGUGAUAAAGCAUGAUGAUUUGGGAGUUAUGAUCGGGCUUUAAUUAGGAGGCCUUCCUAUGUAACAAGGUUUUCUGAAGGUGAUAAAGCACGACUCCUGCCGCUCGGUUGUGAAUUUUGAUGGGCACCAGAUAGGAUGUUUAUUUUUUAUAGAUAUUUUCUUCCUCUACGAUUGUUGGCUGGUUCGGUAUUGCGACGAUAUGUUGCUCUUAAAGCUUUCGUAGUGGCUGGCUGGCGGGAAUGGAUGAUACAUGGAAGUGGGAAAAGCAAGACAUGUCUGUAAUUUUUGUAUGGUCAUCAUGUGCUCUCGAUUUAUGUAAAUAAAAUUUCCUUCAACAUAA